AUGGAAGAUGCUGUGUCUGACAUCACGUCUGCCUCCAUGAAGCUCCUGGCCAGUUCUGAGAUCGCUGCUGCCUCGGUAGAGGAGGAAGUGUUAUCUGUGGAGGGGGAAGUGGCAGAAGCACCAGCUGCAGAAAUCUUGGAAACUGAAGAGCCCAAACCAGAAGAGGAGGCUGUUGCCACCCCUAAUGUCACAGAGGAAGUGGUUGCUGAAGAGACCCCUGAGCCGGAGGAAGUGGUUGCUGAAGAGACCCUGAGCCAGGGAAGUAGUUCCGGUCGUCGCAGAGGAAGCUCCAGCUGCUGUUGCAGAGGAGGAGAUGGCUGCGGCUCCCCUAGAGGCCACAGAGACCCCUGCCACUCUGAGGCUUCUGCCGCUGUGGAGACAGCCCAAGUGUCUGAGGUUGAGGCGCUCGUCGUGGAGGCUGUGGAGACAGCCCAAGUGUCUGAGGAUGAGGCGCUCGUCGUGGAGGCUGUGGAGACAGCCCAAGUGUCUGAGGAUGAGGCGCUCGUCGUGGAGGCUGUGGAGACAGCCCAAGAGUCUGAGGAUGAGGCGCUCGUCGUUGAGGCUGUGGAGACAGCCCAAGUGUCUGAGGAUGAGGCGCUCGUCGUGGAGGCGGCGAUGCUGGCAGCAGCCUCAGCCCUGGAUGUCGAGGCAGUGGAGGCAGAGGCUGCCCCGGCUGAGGAAGUCAAGGAGGCCCUCUUCACUUCAUGCCACCAAUGUGAAGCCCCAGCUUCUGAGGCUGAUGUGGCAGUCACCCCCAUGGAGGUUGUAGAGGCUGCAUCUGUGGGGGAAGUAGAGGCUCCCCCUGCUGGUGUGGAGGAGGCAGUCGUCGAGGGUGAGGCAGUGGAGGUGACCGCAGAGGAGCGCGCCACCGAUUGGCCUGCUGAGGUGACCGCAGAGGAGCACGCCACCGAUUGGCCUGCUGAGGUGACCGCAGAGGAGCACGCCACCGAUUGGCCUGCUGAGGUGACCGCAGAGGAGCACGCCACCGAUUGGCCUGCUGAGGUGACCGCAGAGGCAGUGGAGGAAGCCAAGGUGGAAGGUGCACAGAGUAUGAGCCUGAUGUUGCUGACAGCCCAGUCCUGACUGGAGACCAGCGAGAUGUGCCUUCUGGAACAGUCAACACCCACAGCUGUCAACCAAACAGGACGAUCAACAUAAAACACACACAGAAUUAGAACUGGUUUGAAUUGAAUUCUAUAAUUCUAUUUAACUCAUUAUAUAUUUAACUGUUGUCGAAUGACAACCGUUGUCAACCCGGUAACUACAUGCCCGGUUCUCACUCAGUUUCUUGGUCUUGUAUUUUUCCCUACCCAUGGUGAGGUGACACUUCUGUAAGGGUUUGAAGUCUGACUUUAUUCCUAGGCUCAGACCCAAAUGACACCUUAUACCCAAUAUAGUGCACUACUUUUGACCAGGGUCCGGGGGAAUAGGGUGCCAUUUGGGAUGGAUAGCAACUAUUUCUCAGUACCACCCUGUUCCCCACAGUGUCACUGUUACCAAGCUGACAAAGACCACUUGAAUGUAUUUGAAGUUACUUGAUAAAUUAUUGUGUACUUGACAUUGCCUAAUGAAAUCUGACUAUUUUUUUUUUGAUUCAAUGAAAUAAGAUCUGAAUUGCUGUAUUAAACAGUAGGCCAUUAGACAACAUAUAGAUGAUUGUGUUCUUCAGAGACUGUUGAGUAAGUUCUGCAUGGAGUUUUUUUAUCCAAUCAGGGAACAUCUAGAUUAAGUUUAGUUCUCAAGCCAGUAGACUGUUGGUAGACAGUGUUGUACCCAUGUGAUGUAAAAAAUAAAAUGUUUUUUUUUCAGUCCAAUAAUAAUUUAUGUAAU